AUGCCUAUUAACUUUCAACUCUCUGCAUCUGAAGAUGGCAUCCGAAAACGUGCGGCUGCAUUCGCUGCUGGCCCUCUUAAGGAUAUAAAGAAAGUCUACUCCGCAAAGAAAGAUGAACAGCAAUUUCAAGCAUUGAAGCCUUUCUAUGGUGAUGCGACUGCUGGUGGCAUGAUCAAGGGCCUCAUAACACCCCGUCUUGGUGGAGCAGGUGGAAGCUUGGUUGAAGCAACUAUAUUAGUUGAGGAGAUGUAUGCCGUUGAUCCUUCCGCAUCUUUGACAAUCUUUGCCACUGGGUUAGGUUUGACGCCAUUUAAUUUGGCUGGAAAGGAAGGGCACAAAGAAUUCUUGGAACCAUUUUUGAAUGGUAAAGGUGCACCAUUAGCGAGUUUAGUAUUCUCUGAACCAGGAGGAGUUGCCAACUUCUUGGAGAAGGGUGCUCCAGGUCUCAACACAACGGCCACGCUUGAAGGUGAUGAAUGGGUACUUAACGGAGAAAAGAUGUGGGCUACCAAUUGUGCAGGUUGGGACUUCGAAGGUGCAGACCUUCAAUGUGUAGUCUGCCGCGACACAAGUGUUACCUCCGAUGAACCUGCCGAUGCCAUCAUGAUACUUCUCGUAACCAGAGCCGAUAUUGAACGAAAUGGAAAAGGCGCAUUCAAAACACUCAAACAUGUCCCAACUGCGGGACAUCCUGCUUGCUCUGGUCCACACAUCAAAUAUACUAACUUGAGGGUUCCUACCAAGAACGUCCUAUGUCCGCCAGGUGAGGGUGCUCACUUGGUAUUAGGAUCAUUCGAUUGUUCUGCUGUCCUGGUUGGUGCCAUGAGUGUCAGCGUUAUGCGAGCCGCUUUUGAGGCAGCUUUAACUUUUGCCAAAAGCGACAAUCGCAGAGGAGCUGAAGAUUUAUUAUCGAGACAAGCAGUAGCGGACCUCCUAAGCGGCAUUAAGAUGAAAGCAGAAGCUUCCAGAGCUUUGACUUGGAAGGCAGCGCAUACCCUUGAGAAUGGUCCAGGGGACUAUAAUGCCAGACGUGAAUUGGCAUUGGCGGCGAAGAUUUAUUGUUCGGAAGAGAGUGUCAAGGCAGUUACGGACGCCAUCAAUGCUGUUGGAAUUACUGCCUACAGUACUGAGCAGCCCUUUGGAGACCUCUUGAACACAGCUAUCGUGUUACCCAUUUUUGAUGGUGGCAAUGUAGGUAUCCGUAGACGACAUAUGCAAGAGUUGAUGGCAUCAAAGUCAUAUGAUCCUUGGGCUUCAACAUAUGGACCAUCUCAAGCCAAUUAG